AUGAUAGACGAAAAUUUACCUUCAGAACUCUUAUCUAGUAUUUUUAAGAACAUUGAAACAUAUUCUGAUAUAAGUCAAUGUCAACUCGUCUGCAAAAAAUGGUAUUUACCCGCUCAGAAGAGGCUAUAUCAGAAUAUUUUUUUAUUUUCACCAAAAGACGCGAUCAAAUUUUCAAAUACAAUCUUGAAGUCUUCAACAACAUAUUCAAAAUUAGGUUUAUUGGUUCGAAAUGUAACCUUAUUAGAUCGAUGUGCUACUUUUGAAAACUCCUAUGAUAAAGAUCUACCUGAAUGGUUAGAUGCCUUUGUAAAUCAUCUUGCUUUCCUUUGUCCUCAUUUGGAGGCACUAUACUGUGGAAAUAUACAUUUGAAGUCAUUUUGGGAAAAGAUCAAGAAUAUAUUGAGUACUCAUACAUGCUGGCCUCGGUUAACAUAUAUAGAACACCCGCAGACAGUCGAAGCAAACGAAUAUUAUUUGUAUACAGCUAUUGCUGCUCGACAUACUCUCAAAAGUCUCGUACUUCGUGAUAGCUUUGGACCCUUUCAUAAGGUUAAAUAUAGAGAUUUUUUUAGUAGCUGCUUGUCAAAUGUAGGGGACACAUUUGUAAAUUUAGAAACACUCGAAUUACACAAAAUGACUCAGUCACAUGUAGCCCAGUUUGAUCUUAUCCUCAACACUCUACCAUCAACCUUGAAAUCACUGUACAUUAUUAUGGAUUUACCUGAAGUGUAUGUAAUGACAGAGACGCAACAAAGUACUCUAGGACGUAUUUUAAGACGCCGUAAUACAAACCCUGGUAUCUUUAUCACUCUCUCUGAUUGCAAUACCAGUUAUAGUAUUAGUAAUUGGGCAACUCUUCGGCCGCUUGAUAAAAUUACACAAGUUGUCGGUAAGGUUUUACUGCAUAAUAAUGAUUCUUUACUUUAUAUCAUGUAUAAGUUUCCUCAUCUAUACCAUAUUAAUAUGGAACUCCAGCCUGUAAGUCAUUUAAAACAGACUGUUGAGCUUUUACCUUCUCGUAUCUUGCAAUUCUUUAAAUUUGUUACUAAAAUACCUUGCUAUGAUAUCCACUUCUAUAUGGCAAACAUCAAGGACACUGCCACACACAUCUUUAGUGAAUCAUUCUGUGGGAUUGUUCACUUUGGUUUCCAGACCUCUAUCAAACUUCCUAAAAUUCGUAUUCAUAACAAUCCGCAUAACCCCAUGCAACAGGUCUUAAGUAUGAGUUUACCUAUCAUGCAAACGACUAAAAUAAAUGAAUAUAUUCAACAAAUAGAACUGAUCCAACUUUUGGGCAAUCGCUGGUCCUAUUUCAUUUUAUCCUGUGCACCAUUCUUUAAUGAGAGUAACCCCCAUUUAAACCUUUCUCAAAUAUGUGAGCCCUCACUAUUCCAUUUCAUUACAGGAUACUGUAUUGAUCUAGUUUUACAACAUUGUCCUAAUCUCAAAUACUUUGAAUGGAGUCAUUCACAGCUUCUACAAUGUGAUCCUAAAAACCCAUGCAUUAAUUGGUCCAUUCAUACUUUCGCAAUUGCCUCUUCCUGGGUGAAUGAAAGCGUAUUUUAUGGUCUAUCAUAUCGUCUUCAAGGCCUGAAGGACUUGUAUUUAAGUGACUGUCGCUUUAUAUCAGAUAUCGGUAGAUGCAGUCCUUGGCGAAAUAACACAAAUUGUGUCUAUCUCAAUAUGCCAUAUACGACCUUUGAUUGCAUUCAUAUAUUGAAGACAUCAUUUGAUGCUUGCUUUGUAAAGCUAUCCAUGCCUCAUAGUAAUAAACAACAUUUAAUUUUUAUUCAUCAGGAAAGUACAGAGCUAGCUUAUCUUGAUGAAACAGAGUAUCAAAGACUUUCGAAUAUCUAUAAAGGUGCAAUGUAUGUGGAUGUGUAUUGCCGACGUCUUGAAAAGCUCAUCAUUAGAAAUAAGUUUUUUGGUAACAAAACUUUUGAUAUCGAAAAUAUAAUUCCCAAAUAA